GAAGACUAUAUAUGCAUCUCUGCAUAGCAUUUCAUUUACAGAGGAAUAAUGGUCGCCAUUUGAAUGCUCUACUUCGCAAGGUGUACACUUCGUCAUUUCAAGAAAGGAAUCAGCUUUGUAGAUAAAUCCAGGUCGCCGCUCAAAGUCAAAGAAAUUUCCACAUCAGUUCACGUGAAAAUCUCUCCAUGGAGAAUGAAUAUGUAUCUGUGGAUAUUUAAUCUCGUCUGUUCAGCUGUGUACGGCAUAAACCGUAUUUCAGAGCCAGAUUUGAAAGCUGUUAGCUUUGCCGAAAAGAUAGAAGGGCAAAAGCUGAACGGAAGCCUGAUGAAAGAAAUAGAUGUGGAUUCGGAAAGUUCCUGUCAGCUUGAAUGUGUGGUUGAAGAGCGAUGUCAGUCUUACAACUUUGGAACCCUAAAAGGCGACUCAGGGAAAUUCAGAUGCCAGCUAAUCGACUCUGAUCGAUUUGUUGGAUUUGCUAACUUUACCGAGGAGGAAAAUUUCAUUUACAGAGGAAUAAAAAGCACCUGCGAAGAUGACCCGUGCAAAGAAAACGAAAUAUGUGUCGCAAGCUACACAUCAAAAACUCACUACUGUAAGUGUAUCAGAGAUUGCCCCAAGAGCUGUCUUGACUAUUAUCAAAAUGGUUCCACAACUGACGGUGUGUACUGGGUUUACCCUGAUGAAGAAGAACCCUUUCAAGUGCUGUGUGACAUGACAACUGAUGGCGGAGGAUGGACCACCUUUCAAAGACGCAUGGAUGGCUCAGUAGACUUUUAUGUCGACUGGGAAUCAUACAAAAAAGGCUUUGGAAAUCUGAAAGGCGAGUUUUGGCUCGGAAACGAUUAUCUUCACCGUCUGACUGCAUCUGCCAGCAUGGUGUUUCGAAUUGAUAUGGAGGAUUACGAAGACGACCGACGAUUUGCCGAGUACACGACUUUCGUUGUGGCCGACGAAUGCGAUGAUUAUCGGGUGACAAUUGAUGGAUACCGAGGCACCGCAGGCGAUGCAUUGCUAUCUCUCAAUAGGCCUAUCAGAAACAUGAGAUUUACAACCAAAGACAAAGAUAACGACGUUCAAAACAAUAAAAACUGUGCGUUAGCCUAUAAAGGUGGCUGGUGGUACAACUACUGCCAUAACGCCAAUCCAAAUGGUUUGUAUAAAGGCGGAGGUAACGCACAAGGUAUUACGUGGGAGUCAUUUCGAGGACAAGAAUAUUCUUUAAAGCGCACCGAAAUCAAAAUUCGACCAGCAUGAUUUCAUUUGUGGUAGUUGCGUCUUUAAGCCAACGGCAAACUGUAGCUUCUAAUUAAGAAUUAAAUAUAUCCGUUUUGCGUAGAGUUACAAUUCUUAAUUUAUAAUAUACAAGUUCGGUUAAUGCGACAUUUUGUUGGCAGAUGGCGCGUUUAG